CACGUUACAAUGAAUUACAAAAUACUUAAAGUAUCUAUGUGUCCAUUUUGUGUUUCUGUUAUCUUCAAAUGAUAUAACCACAAUUUAAAUAAAAAAUAACUAUCACAGGUGCCCGUUUUCGCGUCACGGACUAACGAAUUUUUCAACAUUGACCUGUCCUUAUUGGAAUACUCUUUAUUAUGUUAUGUUUUUAUGAGUAGGUGGUGCGCUCUCAGUUCCAACAGCAGUCUCCACAGCAACAACAGCAGGCUGGUGUUAUUGGUCAACAGAUUCUGAUAAAUCAGACAUCUCCACAAAACCAUCCCCAACGAGCUCAGAUUGGCCAACAACUGUGGGGACAACAACCUGGACAACAAAUUAUAAGGCAUCCUGUUAGUGUUGUACAACAGGGUGCUCCCAGGGUACAGUGGACGACAAACCAAGGCGGUGCGGUGCCUCAGAGGCAGUUUAUCCAACUGGAUGCGAGAACACACAACCAAUUACAAAAGAUGCCUCCAGAGGAGCAGGCUCUUUUUGUAGCUAAACUACAGAGGCAGAGACAACAGCUUAUUAAACAAGUGCAGCAGAGAGGUGGAAGUGGUGGACAUAUACUUAUCAGAGGCAAUGUUCCUCCCGGGCUAACAGCCCAACAGCAGGUGCAGUGGUUACAACAGCAGGCCAAGCAACAGGGCAUCGUUCUACCCCCAAACAUUCAGCAACAGCAACAAACUGUCGUUCCGGGCAAUUCUCCAGUCGCGGGUGCCCCCCUUGCUGGGCAGCUGCCUAAUCAGCAACCUGUACCUGGAGCACCAGGUCUUAGUCCUAUCAACCAGGGGCCCGCUCAACCUCCGCCACCUCAGUUUGCUGCUGCCAGUGCCGAUCAAAAUCAACAGCAACAAUUACAACUUAGACAGUAUCGGUUACAACAACUCCAGUUGCAAAGGGAACAAGCCCAGAAGAAUCACUUAUCACAGCAGCAAGGUGGUAUAACUCAACAAACAGUAGUUCGGCCUAUCAAUCAGCAGCAUCUAGCGGACUCAACGACGAAUCCUCAAGUGCCAGAUGCAGCGAUGCAUUCUCUGGUCGUAAAUCCUAAAACUAAAACUGCUUUAGCCAAUAUGUUGAGCAUUAAACUGCAAAGUGGAGGAGCUGGGACUAUGGCCGUUCAACGUCCUGAUACUAUUGCUGAACCCUCUGCUGCUGGAACACUGAGGCUUAUGACUGCUCAGCAUAAUGCUGCGUUGAACUCCAAACCCCAAGAAAUAAUUGCUUUGCAACGUAGAACUAUUUCUGGGCCUAAUGGGGAGAUAAUAAAGACACAGCAGUUACCAUUAUCAGCAAGUAGUGAACCGCCAAAGUUGCAGUUUACUCAAAAACCUUCCUUGCCUUUGCAACACAGGCCAGGACCGUUUUAUGGGCAUAAUCCAAACCUGAAGUUACCACCUGACCUGUUCCUAUUGGGUUGCAUAUUUGUGGUAGUAGAAGUGGAAAACUUCCUGGAGGAAAAUGCUCCAGGUUGGAGACAGAAAAUUGAAAAACACGGAGGUGAGAUAGAAAAACAGUAUUGUAGCCGAGUUACGCAUGUUUUAUGCGAGACUCAACGCCACGGUGUUGUCAUGCAGGCGCUGCGUGAUUGCAAAAGGUGUGUCACUGUCGUGUGGUUGAACGACGUCAUGCAAAGGAAGCAAGUUUUACCGCCAUGGACUGCGUUGCAUCUUCCUAAUAUCUAUUUAGAUAUUGCUCCUGCAUCUAAACAUCUAAUUGCAAUCAGUGGAUUCGAGGGUAAUGAUAGAAACAGGGUUAAGCAGAUGAUCAAGUACACGGGUGCAAAGUGUACAACGUAUUUCUCCAAACACAAUACACUGCUGAUCUCUGCAAAAGCGGACUCAAAAAAAUGCCAGUACGCGAAAAAAUGGCAAAUACCCGUGGUGAAUGUACAGUGGCUUACAGACAUCAUGCUGGGACAUUUCACAGCUAUGAAUCAGAUGGAAAAUCAAAUAUACCAACAGUAUCCCAAUCCACCAAACUUUAGCUUCGAUCCAAAGCUGGUUCCUAAUUUGAUGAUGGCAUGGAAAGCACCAAUAAAUAUAUCUCAAGAGUCUUACGAGAGAGUAAAAAGAUCUGCAUCGCCAGUGAUGUUACCGAAAAAAUAUAAAAAACCAAAGACAGAAACGACUGAUGAGAAUGGUAACAUAAGUCAAGACCAAGUUACCAGCUCGACGCAUAACAUUCUAUUUUCUAUGUUUCAUCAUGAUAAUGAAUUGGGGAAAAUUGUUAGGGAAAUUGGCGGCUCAGUAGCGAAGGACCAUACCAGUUUUACACAUCUUGUGAUGCCAUACUUGGCACGAUCGAACAAACUGUUCUUUGCUAUCGCUAAGGAAGCACAUAUAGUUUCUGAACAGUGGCUGAGAGACUCGUAUGAGGCUAAAAAGUUCUUGCCAGAGGAAAAUUAUACCUUGAGUGCAAAGGAAUUCAAUAUGAUGUACAAAUGUGAUUUUGAUCAGACAUUGCAGACCCGAAAUAGAUGCAAACUGUUGGAGGGAAAGUUCUUUUGGGUCACGCCUAGCGUUAUUCCCAGCAAAAAGGUUGUCACUGAGCUAAUCCAAAGUUGUGGUGGUAUAGUGGAAAGGCUAAGACGUAGUUCAGCUCAGAUUGAAGCAACGAGUAUUAAUUCUCCAUUCAGCUAUUUCAUAAUCACACAUGAAAACGAUCUGCAUUUGGUAGCAGAUCUACUAAAGAAUAAAAAAGAUAAAAUGCAAAUCGUCUGUAACGUUGAACUGAUAUUCAGUGCAAUGUUGAAGCAAACGUUUGAGGUGGAACCGUAUGCUGUAUGCGUUUUAUGAUCAACUAGAUCUAAAUCUUUCGACUGAAUAUUUUGAUUGAUUGAGAUAGGUUUCGUUAUACGAAGCAAUUAUCAUAACUUUCAAAACUCUGAUCUCACUACUGACUUGACCGACACUUUUUUUAUCCAAUUAUGAGAAAGAGACAUGUAAGACAAAAUUGUCACUCAAAUCGCGCGCCCAUUUAAAUCGCGCACUAGGAACCCAUUUAUGCUCGUGACAGUUAGACAGUGUAAGUUCGACAAUGCUUGACAUACGGCUAUCUCUUUUUGACGUCAUUGUCGACCGUUGUUGAGUGACAUCGUCGCGUGUCACUAAUCAUGUCCACAAAAGCGCGCUUAACGAUGUCCGAUAAAGGGGCUAGAAAGAUAAAGGUAUACCCCAUUCGUAGUCCAUUUACGCCCAGACAAAACACAACAUGCCCAAAAGCGAGAUUCUACAGGUCCAUAUUUUCCUCAAUGGUCUUGGAAUAAUAUAAGAUAAAUGAUUAUUUUUAUAGAAAGAAGUGCACAUACUUUUCACAAUUCCUUAUUCACUGGAAGUAAUUGAAUCAUCGUCCGAAUGGUUAAUAUUAAUUAUUACAGGUUCAAUUUGAAUAUCGAUCAUAUUGUCCAGAUCCCACAUCUUUGUUUCGAUUGUCUCCUGACGCAAUAUUUCCAACGAUUUGCCGUCACUCUGUUGAAAGCUUCAUAAAACAAAUUUUUUACGUCAGAAAAUUUCAAUGUUCUCCAUUGUUUGAAGCCCCAUAGUUUUUUAUAUUUGCCCAAAUCAUUUCAAUGGGAUUUAAGUCGCAGUGAUAAAGGGGUAGCCUUAAAACGAUCUUAUUGCCAUAUUGUCAGUAACAUUAAGAUUAUAUUUGUGCUACCUGACUAGAUGAGCAAGUUCUGCUUUGACCAUAUUUUCAUUUCUUGUGGACAUUGUGGGAAUUUUUUCUCGUUUUCUAGUGUGGUAUGCAGCAUUAUUAAGUACAAUGACGGCAUUGUCGUCAAGUUUUGGGAGCGUUUCUUCAAGCCAUCGUUCAAAUGAACUCGCGUCCAUUCCUUAAUGGUAGUCACUCGUUUUCUUUCAAAUAGAGCAGUGGGCACAAAGCCAUCUUCACUGCCCAUGUGACAGAUAACAAAUCGUUGUCAUUUUUCAUAUUAUAGCAUUCAAGAAAAUUAAUAAUAAUACAAGCAGGUUAUCUAACAGGUGUUGGUUCCAAAUCUACCAGAAAUAGUUAAGUUUAGUGGGCUCAUAGAUUCAGUCUACUUGACACCAUUUUUACAACACACCUGACGGAUUCUUUAGGCCAGUGGUUAGUCCAUCUAAGAAGGCUUGUCUUGCUGAUUUAUUCAUAGAGUCAGCCCAUCCUUUAGGUUUUAUAUGUCCUGCAUUUAUCCAGGUUUCAUCCAAGUAAUAAGUCUUCCUGCCCUGGUCGCGGUAUUUCUUUAUUGAUUUUAAAUAAUUUCUUCUCAAUAAAAUAAUCUCUUGGCUGUCCAUCAAAAUACUAUUUCUGCCCCGUUUCCUAUAUUCAAAAUGAAGUACUUUGAGUAAACUAUAGAAUGUGGUCCUUUUGAAAGUAGGUAAGUCUUUAUCACUAUUAUCCUCCUGUAAUAGGGUCAAUGUGGGUAAUUGGAAACAAUAUUUGAUAUUUCACUACAUCUUAGCAUUUGAAAUUUUAUAAAAAAUCUACCAUGUCAUAUUAUAAUAAAAUAAAAGUUGUUGGCUACUAUAUGAUAAAUCUAUAGUAGAAUGUCUUAGAACUGGUGAUCAAAUGACACACACAAAAAAGUUAAUCUAAGUUUCCAUUUACCCCAGAAAAUUUGAGAAAAAAGUGAAAAAGGGGGUAAAAGGAAACAAGGAUCUUCACACCUAUUAGAGAUAACAUAAAACAGACAGGAGUAAUAGUUUUAAUAUUGUAUUAGGUUUUAUCACUGAACAUACCAAUCUUUCCAAUCACCCCCUGAAUAAAAUAAAAACUAGAUAAUCUUGAAAAUUCUAUUAUUAAACUGGAACGUCGUGACUAUUUUGUGCACAACCGCCGUCGAGUGGUCCGUGGGACCGCAAAAUAAAAAAAUAUAUUUUCGGUGUUUUAAGAAAGACUAUUUUCUUGGAAUAUACAUUUAUUUUUAACUUUUAUAGCAUACAGUUUUGUGUAUAUUAAUUUACCAACCUUAUUUAUUGUAGUUAUAAAUGAGUAAAGAACAUUAAAACUGAAAAUUAUUUAUCAUAUUAAGAAAUACUACACCCUAAAGAACUAUUUUGCACAAAUAUAAGCUCUAUAACAUCCAAAAGAAAAAAACGUGCAGAGCAAAAAAUAACAGAAUUUACUGUAAUCUACAAAUUACUUUAUAAGAACACCUAAUCUUUACUAACACAGCACAACAUAUAGGGUUUUUCUUUUCCUCUUUGAGGGACAGAUGUGGCACGUUUUUCUUUCGUUCCUGGCCAACUUGUCGACACCAUGGUCUUCUUGUGGCGGAACAUCUUGAUUUCCCUAAGCUCGUGCAAUUGAAGAUCUCAGUUCAUAUGGUAGUCUUCCGUUUUGCAACCUUUCGUUCAUGUAUGGUUGAACUAAUUGUUUAGCUAAGACUUUUAGAAAUUCCAACCUGGUGUAAGAUUUUUUAAUGUUUCUAUGGGAUUGAUGAAUAAUAUAUGCAUUCAGGAAGCUCAUAUCUAGUAUUCUGUAAAAGAUGACCAUGGGCCAGCGUCUGCAGCGGCGACUAGUUGAAUAAACAGUACAUUUUUGGUCGACUGAGUCCACUCCUCCUUUUGUGUUAUUGUAGUACAUCACAAUCUCUAGUUUUUUAGUACUUUCGUCAAUUUCUCUUGCAUGGUGCAUUGAUGACAGCAAAAUGACGGACUAAUUUUUUUUCGGAACAUAAGAUACCAUUGUAAAGUUUUUUGUAAACCCAAAUAAACAGGAGUCAACUGGCCUUGCAGAUGGUAAGAACUCUGGCGGAAUUUCCUUUUUUUUUAAUUGUCCCAACAAGAGUAAGUUUGUUUGUGUUCAAUACGUUCGCAAGCUCCAAUGACGUAUACCAGUUAUCAGUCGUUACGUUUCUGUUGCUGCCAAAGAUGGGUUUGCACAAUCGAAUAACGGCUUGUGUAGGAAUAUUAAACUUUUUGUCUUCUUCAGAUAGGUACAUACCAUCACUUCCUUUACCAUAGUAUAAAUAGGUAUUAUAAACAUAACAGGUUCGUGCAUCAGCUAGACAUUGUAUUUUUAGACCAUAUUUUGAUGGUUUGGAUGGCAUAUACAUUUUAAAGCCGCAACGUCCUCGAAAAGCUACUAGCAUUUCAUCGAUUGUAGUGUUUACUCCAAGAGUAUAUGCAGCCUGCGAAUUUCUGUUAAAACUAUCCAGCAAUUCGGAUAUAGCAGCUAUUGGAUCAACUUGUUUACGUUCGUUUCGAUCUUCGGCAUUAUCGAAUCGUAGACAGGUCAAUAAUAUUGAAAAGCGUCUUUCUGACAUUGCUAACCUAAAGAUUUCUCGACCCAUCCCGUCUGUGGCGAAAAUUGAAGAAAUAUCCUCAUGGUUGGAUUUGAAUACCACCGUAUAACAGAGAAGGCCCAAGAAGCAUUUUAGUUCAGUAAUUGUUAAUUCUCGUAGCUCAGUGCGACGGGGAUUGGAAUAUUUGGCUCUUAUUUGCAUCAGCUUUUGAUUUGUCCAUGUUAGAACGCACUGCAACAUGUUCUCGUUGAAAAUAUAGUUCCAAGCAAAAACUGGAUCAAACACUUCAUUUUCAUUUUGCGGAACACGAAUUCCAGGUAAUUUUAAAAUAUGUGCUUGAGUUCGGAUAUUUCGUUUUGGUUCGGUAUAAGACCAUUUAAAACGGUUUUUACCAUAAUAAUAAUUUGGGUUUUCGUUAUCCGAUGAGUCGUUGUCACUCACUUGUACUGAUUGAUUAUUGGAUGGAUCAAACUCUUCAUUCGGUUCUAGAUCUAAUUCGGAAUCGGUAUCAUGUUCACUGUCUUCAACGUAAUCUUCAUCUUGGUCGGACAUUUCCACAUCUGAGUCUAGUGAUUCCAGCAUGCGCAUGACCUUGGCUUCGAAAUCGGGGUCAGCAAAGUUUACACUGUCGGGAACGCGUCCAGAAGCCAUUUUUAUUAACCUUCAUAAACCCGUGGUCAGAAAUUUACGUUAAAUACCGAGUGGGGUGCAAAUGUACCCCAACGUUUUUCUGGCUUAUUUAAUUACUGUAAUUAAAGAUUUUCAAAAAAUAAACACAUUCUGAUUAUAAAAAAUAUAUAUUUUUACAUAAGUAUGCUAUAACAUUGAUAAAC